CUUAAAUGACAGCACUGACAUAACGAACAAGAUCAGCUGGAUACAUAACUUGAGCCUAAGCGUUGGGUCUUGUUGCAAAUCUCCGUUUCAACGUAGAACUGACCGAGAGCUUUUCUAGUGGUCGAUAUGUCCGAUGCUGUAAGAAAUGUGGCGAUAUUUGGCUGCACGGGAAUGACGGGGUUAGCGACCUUACCUAUCGCAGUGGCCUCAGGUUACAAUGUGACGGUGCUGGUGAGAGACCCUGCAAGGCUUCCUCCAGAUCAUAAGGCCUCCAGAGUGGUUGUGGGAGACGUUCUGAACAAAAACGAUGUAAAGAAGACCCUGGAGGGUCAGGAUGCAGUCAUCAUCAUUCUAGGGACAAGGAAUGAUCUCAGUCCCACAACGAUGAUGUCUGAGGGAACGCGGAACAUCGUGGAGGUCAUGAAAGCUCGUGGAAUCCGCAAAGUUGUUGGAUGCAUGUCAGCAUUCCUCUUGUGGGAUCGAUCCAAAGUUCCUCCUCGCUUGGUGCCGGUCACUGAAGAUCAUGACCGAAUGUACACCGUCCUGAAGGAGUCCGGAUUGGACUAUAUAGCAGCCAUGCCUCCACAUAUUGCUGGUGACAAGCCUUUGACGGAGAAAUACAUUGUGACUGAGAACAUGCUAAAAGGAAGGGUGAUCUCCAAAUAUGAUCUGGGCCAUUUCUUUGUCAAGUGCCUGUCCACUUCUGAAUGGGAUGGAAAGACAGUUGGCAUUUGUGGAGAGUAUAGUUAAGUUACUCAGGGUUUUCUUGAAAUAUGUUGUCAAUAAAGGUGCCCUUUUUUCUGCACUGCUCAAAAUGACUGCAUACAAUACAAAUGCGAAAAUAACAGGUUGGUACUGAUGGUAUAGCAGAGAUACAAUAUUCCCAGUCAGUCAUUAUUAUUUCUAAAAGUAAACAAUGAAAUGAAACUAUUGAAUAACAGAGAAACUGAUUGCACCUUUUAGUUUAUAAUUUCAUAAAUGCAUAUGCUAAUUAGUGAUAAAUGUGCCUAUUCGAUCAAUGUUAAGAACUUAAUUUAAAUGUUACUUUGUACUUGCAGAAAAGAUGUUAGAUCAAAUGGAUUUUGCCUUAAAAACAAUCAAUGAAAAUCUGACAUUUGCCUGAUUUUAACCCUCUGUUUUUUAAAUAAAUAUGUUAGUUUACAGAA